UUUCCAUACAUUUAAAUUUAUAAUAAAAAACUGCUUUAAGUAUAUUUAAAUCAAAGUUUUAAUUUCUAACUACAAGUAUAACUCAUUUGUGUACAUGCGAAAUACCUGAAUUUUAAACGUUAUGACAACAGCGUAAAAAACAAGUUGUUGGAUCCCAAUAUUUAGUGGCACAGACUUGUUGAUGUUUACCAUCCCGAUGUGAGGUCGCGACAACGGUUCAACGUAUAAUUUCUUCUCAAAUUAGUGGUACUGCAUGUGAGCGGUUUCGAUUUAACAUGGAUGAAGAGUGUAGUGAGGUGAUAUUCGGACCCAGUCGUGAUUCUUUGUACGUAGUGAUACCACUGACAGUAUUAUAUGUUAUAAUUUUCUUGACCGGUUCCACCGGCAAUGUGAGUACCUGUAUAGUGAUAGCCAAAAACAAAUCCAUGCAUACAGCUACUAACUAUUAUUUGUUUAGUUUAGCCAUAUCUGACCAGUUGCUGUUGUUAACGGGAGUGCCUCAGGAGAUAUACUUUUUCUGGUCACGGUAUCCAUAUAUUUUCGGCAGUAACUUCUGUUUUGUGCGAGGGUUGUUCAACGAAACAUCCAGUAAUGCUACAGUGUUAAUUAUCACAGCGUUUACCGUGGAAAGAUACCUAGCAAUAUGCCACCCCUUUCUAUCUCACACGAUGUCCAAUCUCUCUCGGGCAAUCAAACUGAUUAUUAUUAUAUGGUUAGUGUCUAUUUCCUUAGCGAUACCUCAAGUUCUUCCCUUAAAAGUGGUAGGCAAGUGUCCAAUGUGCGUUAUGCAGGAUCCUAUUAUUAACUACAAUUUUGAACUGUCCACUUUGUUGUUCUUUGUUAUGCCAAUGACAGUCAUCACAGUGCUUUAUAUUUUGAUAGGAGUGAAGCUGAAGGCGUCAAAUACAGUGGAAAAAAGGAUUAGCGUCAACAAUAGGGUCAUUAAGAGAUCUUCUCGAAAAGUAAUUAAGAUGUUAGUUGCUGUGGUGGUGACAUUCUUUAUAUGCUGGGCACCGUUUCACAUUCAAAGGCUGUACGCCAUCUACAACACCGCCAUUCCAACCAAAGAGACACGUGACACAUAUAUGCAGAUCUAUGGAAUCAUUACGUACAUAAGUGGUACAUUAUUUUAUACGUCAGCUACAAUAAAUCCGAUUUUGUAUAAUAUUAUGUCGGCGAAGUUUAGAGAUGCCUUUAAGGAAACAUUUGCUUCCUGUUGCUUUCGCAACAGCCACAAACUGAAGCUGAAAAGAUCGAUGUCGGUGGUGUCUAAAUCGCUAACUAGAUGUCACGAUUCUAGUGAUUCUGGAAGCCACGAUAACUCCGUGCAGUCAGUUACACUGACAAUAAACAAAAAUUAUUUCGACUCCAGUACCUGUCUAGGAGAAAAAUUGAAGAAAGCCAAUAUCUAUCAAGAUGCAACAACUCCAAUGUUAAGCAACUUCCAUCGAUAAAAUUGCA